AUGGUGCACUGUCCGUCUCCUCCAUCUGGAGAAGUGUGGGCAACACAGAGGCCACCAGGCAAAAAGGAUCUGCCAGCCCCUCCCAACUCCAUGGAGGGAAGUCUCAUGACCCUGAGCUGUGAGAUCCGGGAGACCAGCUCCCUCCACAGAAGUCAGAGGUCCAGCUCCAGUUCCACUUCUUCAGAGACAGCCAGGCCCUGGGAUCAGGCUGGAGCAGCUCCCCAGAGCUCCAGAUUGCUGCAAUGUGGAGUGAAGAUUCAGGGUCUUACUGGUCCCUGCUACUGGGACCCUCACUUGUCAUCUUGUGUCCUCCCAGAGGUCCCUGUGCUUGGUGUGAAUCUAGAGAUUCAGCCCCCUGGAGGGCAGCUGACUGAAGGAGAAAAUCUGGUCCUUAUCUGCUCAGUAGCUAAGGGUACAGGGACUAUCACAUUCUCCUGGCACAAAGAUGGAAUAAAAAUUGUGGGUAGAAAGACCCAGCGUUCCCUGGUGGCGGAGCUGCAGGUGGGCGUUGUGACGGAGCACCACACAGGGCGCUACUACUGUGCAGCUGACAACGGUCACGGCCCCAUCCACAGCAAAUGGAGCACAGUUACUGUGAAAAUUCCAGCAUCUCACCCUGUCCUCACCCUCAGGAUGCCCAGGGCCCAGGCUAUGGAGGGGGACACGGUGGAGCUUCACUGUGAGUCCCUGAGAGGCUCUCCCCCUAUCUCAUACCUGUUUUAUCACAAAGACAUCACCCUGGGGAGCAGCUCGGCCCCCUCUAGAGGGGGAGCAUCCUUCAACCUCUCUCUGACUGCAGAACAUUCUGGAAACUACUUCUGUGAGGCUGACAAUGGCUUGGGCCGCCAGCACAGUCAAAGAGUGAGUCUCAAUGUCACAGUUCCCGCAUCUCGCCCUGUCCUCACCCUCAAUGCUCCCAGGGCCCAGGCUGUGGUGGGGGACGUGGUGGAGCUCCACUGUGAGGCCCUGAGAGGCUCUCCCCCGAUCUGGUACUGGUUUUAUCAUGAGGAUGUCAGCCUGGGGAACACCUCGGCCCCCUCUGGAGGAGGAGCGUCCUUCAACCUCUCUCUGACUGCAGAACAUUCUGGAAACUACUUCUGUGAGUCGGACAAUGGCCUAGGGGCCCAGCGCAGUGAGGUGGUGACGCUCAAUGUUACAGGGACCUCCGGGAACAGAACAGGCCUUAUCACUGCAGGAGGUGUCGGGGGCCUGCUCUGUAUCCUUGGCGUUGCUGCUACUGCUGCUCUGCUGUGCCACUGCAGGACCCAAAGGAAAUCAGGAGGACUUUCUGCCACUGGAACAUCUAGUUAUAGUCCCAAUGAGUGCCAGGUGCCUUCCUUGUCCAGUCCCUCCUGUAGAGACCCCCAAGAGCCCACCCACCAUGAGCCAAGAGACCUACUGGAGCUGCAAUCAGUGUACAGCAUUGUAAAUCCUGGAUACAGCAACAUAGUUUAUCCCCAGAUCCAGAGUUUACAGCAUACACCAGAAAAUUCAGCAAAUUCACCAAGAAUGCAUCGGGAGGAUAAGGAACUUACAGUCUUUUAUUCAGAGUUCAAUAAUUCACCCCAAGAUGACUCUACAGGGCAGGACCAUGAAGAUGAUACAGACAACUAUGAGAAUGUCCUAUGUGUACCAUUGGCAUUGGACCACUAAUCCCUUACCCAGAGUGCUUGCAGAGACCCCUGAGAGCAGCCUGUGCCAUUGUUCUGUUCUCUCCAGCCACGCUUUCUCCCUCUCUCUAGACUCUGCCUCCCAGAAGUCUGGGCUGCUGGGGACAGGAGGCUGUGCAAAGGUCUGCCAAUCUCCUCCGUGCCUAAGUCUGAGUGCUCUCUG